UCGUAGCCAUUUUGGAUUUAGACCGAUUGACCUGGAUUUGCUUUGCUUCAGAAGCGGCAUCUGGCGGAAAAGUUCAGUUAUUCCGCCGCUCUUCACUGAACGGUCGAUCCAUUCUUCUUAGUGUCCCCAUAUACGAGCACUGUUAUCUGGAUAGGACUAAGAUUCGCACUCCAGUGUGUGUUGGAAGCGCGCUGUGAUCCCAAUGAAGUGAUUGUGAAUUAUUCAGUGAUAGAGGUGGCUGCGCUUGGAUUUUGUUUUUAUUUCGGUUUGGAACUAUAAACAGAAUACUAACUCUUAUUCUUUUUGGAAAAUUUUUUAAGUGAAGAAAAUAAUAACUAUCCAGAAAAGCGGUGUUUUGAAACGAUCUUGAAACGAAAUUUUAAGGAACACCAUUUUGUUUGAUGAGAAAUGGUCCAUUCUAAUUAUGUGAGAAAUAAGAGGGCCAUAUAAAAGAAAUUAUUCAGACUUUCAUCCAUAAUAUUCGAUAGCUUUUUUCUUGAAAAAGAAUAUGAACCCGAAUAUUUAUUCAGAAUGUCCAUCUCCUCCCCUGGAUUCUGUGUGACCGAGAAUCAAAGACGACGCAAGGGGAAAACGGAUACGACUCGACCUUUCGGAUAACCGCUCUACCGCGGCUGGUAUACUGCCAUGGAGAGUAAGAUAACGUAUAAAGUGAUUAGCAUACCUUCCUGCCACCCACAGCUCCCGAUCGAAGACCUGGAUAACACCGAGAAGCCGAGUGCCGGAUUACCGAGCAACGCCAUGUCACCGAAUGCCAAACCAGAGGAGCCGGAUGCAGUCGUCGGGAAACUGGAAGAACUUCGAGAGGGGGCAGAGGUGAGGGGGGACUGCGAAAGCCCCGCCGAUCAACCACCCCCCUGGCUCGACAAGGAGCGCUUCUACAGAGCUAGGGAAAUAUUUAAAAAUCAUUUUUUCAGCAUAUUUUUUUCUCAUUUGGCGGGUUUGAUGCUCAUUGUACAUAUACCGAGUAUGACUGCCCCCCUCAUGUCCACCGGCAAUUCCGCAAACGUCGUGUGCCUCUUCCGUCGCUACCUCAGCACGUUGGUCCACAUCCGGCGAUGGUACGAGGGAGACAUCUUCAACCCCGAUGACCCAGCGCACCAAAGUAUCACCAUGGUCCGCGGCAUGCAUAAGAGAGUCGCCGACAAAAUCAACGGCCCUCCGUCCACUUGUCGACGCCGAUGUCCAGCUGUCUCACAAUAUGACAUGGCUCUCACGCAAUUUGCUUUCGUCGGCCUCAUAAUUCUCCACCCGAAACACGUCGGCCUGCAUUGCAGUAAAGAAGACCUCGAAUGCCUUAUCCACUUCUGGCGCGGAAUCGGCUAUAUGCUCGGUAUGGAAGACCGCUACAAUCUGUGCAACGGUAACUUGGAAGAGACCCUCGCAAUCUGCAGAGAUAUAAUGGACAGCGAAUUAAGACCUUCUGUACAAAAACCUCAAAAGGAAUCGACUACAAUGAGCCGCGGAAUAGUUACAGCCAUGAAUUCGUUUAUUAUCUUUUUAAGUUGGGAGGCCAUGGCCAGAUUCUGGUAUGAGCAAAUGGAUCUACCCUGCGAUUUCCCCAUGGGCAUCUACGAAAGCACGGGCUACUGGCUGAUGCGAUUCACCUUUGGAUGGUUGCUGCGAUUUCGGAUUUUUCAUAGAUUCUUUAAUUUUCUCCUCGGGAUAGCUGUUAAACAAGCUCUUAAUAGUAAAGAAUAUUAUGAAGGAUACUUAGCCCGGAAUCACAAUAUAACCAAUGUUUAACAUUCCUAGACUGCAACAUAUGGAAAUAUGUAUGCUCCAAUUUUUGCUCACUUUAAAUCUGGAUGUGUAAUGACCUCGAUUUUGAGAGGCUCGUACAAUGGUAGUGUUACGAGAAAUACACUGCUAGUCUUUUGCCUAAUUGUGAAAUCAGGAAAACCUACUGAAUGUGUUGCACACGACACACGUUCUCUAUCUGAAACUGUGUACAGAAAAAAAUAAAAAAAAGGAACUUAUUGUUGCGGAACACAGUUUUUCUUGGACAAAAUGCAACUAAAACCAACAGUAGUCAUCAGAAUCCUGCAAAGAAAAUGGCAGAGCAUCUGCAGGAGAAAGUGCCACAAUAAAAAGCUGCUUUAUGUCAGUGUGUAUAGUGACGGGUAAGUUAUUAAAAGUGUACAGCUCGGCUUAUUUUGCUGUCUACGGGCAUGUACAAAGAGCACGUUUUCUUCAAGGUCCACCAAAGUCUACUUUCAAAACUUAUAAAAGACAGAAAUUGAAAUAGACAGGAAAUGGAUAAUCUAAUGUGCAGAUAUAUAGUCAUUAACAGGUUAUAAAACUUCCCAUCAAGAGAGCCUUAAAUAUAGUCAUUUUAAUUUAAUUGCAAAACAAAUGUUUAAAGACUGUUUCUCUCUACGUACAUAUUUUCUCAUACAUUUGUUAUAUAACUUGUAAAGCAAUAUUUUGGAUAUGCACGGAAAGUAAUAAUCCAGCACAGAAAUUUUUAUAUUUCAUUAUAUAAAAAUAUAAGAAAAACUAGCAAUAUUUUCUAUUCUAAAACUUGUUUCUUAGCGCUCACAUCAUCGUGCGAAUUAUUUUUUACAGAAAAAUAACCUAACUAUGAUAGAUCUAAUCUACUCUCGUAACAGGCUUAUGGACAAUAUUUAGACCACUUACUAAGUGCAUAUCCUGUAAGUGAAAAUUAUUUCCAUUUUUAAAUUUAAAAAAAUCGAAAUAAUUUUUCAUUUGAAUCAAAACCAAAGCCAUGAUGCAAUUCAUAGAAAGUAUGCCGUGCUCAAAGACUUGUUUUGGGGUUUAUGUGUGCAUCAGACUUCAUUUCAUUCCUUCAAAAAUAUUUAUAUUUACAUAUAUGAUUUAUAUUUUCAACAGCUGGUUGAUUUUCAGAGAAAAAAAAUAUUUUUUGUAUGAUGUAAUAAUUUUGUAAUUUACGUACAACAUUUAUACUAUUAUCCAGCAAAAUCUUUCGUAAAAAAUAUUAUAAUCCUAAAGGACAUAACAUAAUGCUGAAAUUACUUGUAUAUGACAUAUAAGAAAAAUACGAUUCUGUAUAUUACGGAAAGUAUUCCGGUAUUGUGACAUUCAACUUAUCUAAAAUUUAGAAAGAAAUUCGAAGUCCGACAAAAUUUUAAUGUAAGGAAGGAAUUAAGAAAAUGGUGGUGGAUAUAAAAAAAAAUAUUAAUGAUGAUGGCAUUGUUAUGUUGAAAGCAUGUACGAUCAAUUCAUUUUUAGUAAUUCCAUAAAAUGGUUUAAUGAUUUCUAAUCGAACUUAUUAUUGUUCCAGUAUAACUUCUAUGAUUAUUGUAUGUAUACUAAAAACAAACUGUAUUGAAGAAAAUGGUCCGUGAAUAAAUUUAUUUUUAGAAUAAUGGUCUUCAAACACUUUUACAAAUUUCAAUAUCACAUUCAGACUUCACUUAACUGAUCUAAACACCUCGACAAAUGCACUAAGAUGUUUGGAAACA